AUGGAAUCAAAGUUUUAUGGUCUGACCAGAAAUGACAUUAAACGAUUAGCUUACCAGCUUGCUGUAAAAAACAAAAUUGAACAUCCAUUUAGUGGUGAAUCAAUGAUGGAUGGUAGGUGUUGGUUAGAUCGAUUUUUAAAUCAACAAAAACAUGUUAUAUCCAUUAGAAAACCUUGCGGAACAUCUUUUUCGAGAGCUUUAGGAUAUGAGACUGGUUUGACUGUAGUUCAAAGUAAAAUAUCAAAAGUAAUUGGUUUAAAAGGUAAACGUCAAAUUUCAUCUUUGACCUCAGCAGAAAGAGGAGGUCUUAUAACCAUAGUAGCAGCUAUGAGUGCUGGAGGUACUUUUAUCCUACCAUACUUGAAUCAACAACUCAUGAAGGGUGCUCCUGCUGGUGCUAUUGGUGUUUGUCAUCCUAUAUUAGAUGGUCAUUACAGUCAUACACGAAAUUUAGAAAUUAUAGAAAAGGCUAGAGACAAUUUUAUAACUCUAAUUUGUUUACCUCCACACACAACACACAAAUUGCAGCCACUUGACAAAACAUUUAUGGGGGCUUUAAAAUCAUAUUACAGUGAACAAAUACGUUUGUGGAUCCGUCAAAACAAUAGACAACUUACUCCUUUUGAUAUCGCCGAGUUAUUUGGUAAAGCAUAUUUAAAAGUUCAAACUGGGGAAAUUAUAGUGAAUGGUUUCCGAGAAACUGGAAUUUAUCCUCUAGAAAGAAGUAUUUUUAGUGAUUCAGAUUUUAUAGCAGCCGAAAUAGAUGCAUCUAAAAGAUGA